AUGCCAGAGAACCUGAGUCUUCUUCGGGCUUUUGGGGUUUUUUUCUUUAUCUUCUGGACAGCUUUUAAUACAGCCUUAGUGGAUGUGGUUGGAUCGGAGCAGCAGAUCCCCUUGUCUGUUGUAAAGCUCUGGGCCUCAGCAUUUGGUGGAGAGAUCAAAUCUAUUGCAGCCAAGUACUCGGGUUCCCAGCUCCUGCAGAAGAAAUACAAAGAAUAUGAGAAGGAUGUUGCAAUAGAAGAAAUUGAUGGCCUUCAGCUUGUGAAAAAGUUAGCAAAGAAUAUGGAAGAAAUGUUUCAUAAAAAGUCUGAAGCCGUACGGCGUCUUGUUGAAGCUGCAGAAGAUGCUUACCUGAAACAUGAGUUUGAUGCUGACUUACAGUAUGAAUACUUCAAUGCUGUGCUCAUAAAUGAACGAGAUGAAGAAGGCAACUAUGUGGAGCUGGGGAAGGAGUUCAUUCUAGUACCAAAUGACCACUUCAAUAACCUGCCCGUGAACAUCAGUUUGAGUGAUGUCCAAGUGCCAACCAAUAUGUACAAUAAGGAUCCUGCCAUUGUAAAUGGAGUUUAUUGGUCAGAAUCUUUAAAUAAGGUGUUUGUUGACAAUUUUGAUCGUGACCCCUCACUCAUCUGGCAGUACUUUGGAAGUGCAAAAGGGUUUUUUAGGCAAUAUCCAGGAAUUAAAUGGGAACCUGAUGAGAAUGGGGUCAUUGCAUUUGACUGCAGAAAUAGAAAAUGGUACAUCCAGGCAGCAACUUCUCCAAAAGAUGUGGUAAUUCUAGUAGAUGUCAGUGGCAGUAUGAAAGGGCUUCGCUUGACUAUUGCAAAACAGACUGUUUCAUCUAUUUUGGAUACCCUUGGAGAUGAUGACUUCUUCAAUAUAAUUGCUUAUAAUGAAGAACUUCACUAUGUAGAGCCAUGUCUGAAUGGAACAUUAGUUCAAGCAGACAGAGCCAACAAAGAGCAUUUCAGGGAACACCUUGACAAACUUUUUGCAAAAGGAAUUGGAAUGCUGGACAUUGCUUUAAAUGAAGCCUUCAACAUGCUCAAUGAAUUCAAUCACACAGGGCAAGGAAGUAUUUGCAGCCAAGCCAUAAUGUUGAUUACUGAUGGAGCUGUGGACACAUAUGAUACCAUAUUUGCAAAAUAUAAUUGGCCAGAUAGAAAAGUUCGUAUCUUUACCUAUCUGAUUGGAAGAGAAGCUGCUUUUGCUGAUAACCUGAAGUGGAUGGCCUGUGCUAACAAAGGGUUUUUUACUCAGAUCUCUACCUUAGCUGAUGUUCAAGAGAAUGUCAUGGAAUAUCUUCACGUUCUUAGCCGACCAAAGGUUAUUGACCAAGAGCACGAUGUAGUAUGGACUGAAGCCUAUAUUGACAGCACU